GGCGAUGGCGGAUUCAGACCACAAAAGAGCGACCGCGGAGGACGCCGUUCUCCGUUACCUCGAGAACCACCACGAAAUUACCGACUCUCUACUCUUCGCCGCCGAAGUCAAACUCAACCCCGACGACAUCGCCAAUGCUAUCAAGAGUCUCCAUGGUCACGGUUACGUUGACAAACAGGAGAUUACUAAGGAGACUUGGUUGCUCACUGAGGAAGGAAAGACAUAUGCGGUUCGUGGAUCGCCUGAAAUGCAGCUCUUCCUGUCCAUACCACCAGAGGGUAUCACAAUAGAUGAAUUGCAGAAAAAGUUUGAUGAAUCGAGUUUCAAGAUAGCACGCGCGCAGGCUGCAAAGAAUAAAUGGGUGGACUUCGGAAAGCAACUAGUGACCAGAAGGAUCCAACAUGUGGACAAUGAUAAGGUCCAGACUUUGCUUCUACGGAUUCAAGACAGAAAGGAAAAUGUGUCGACUUUGGACAUCAGCCAAGAGGACAUCAAGUCUCUCACCAAGAGAAAGCUUAUUUCUCUACAAGUCAAGAAACUCUUCUCAGUCAGAAGAGGUCCCAAUUAUGCUCCAGAGAGAAAGAAGGUUGCCACAGAUUUGACUCGUGAUAUGCUACAGAGCAGUGAUUGGAAAAAUAUGGAGUUCAAGGAAUUUAAUUUAAACGCCAAAGGUGCGCCUACUGAGCAUGGCUGUCUUCAUCCACUGCUCAAGGUACGGAAGCAGUUGAAGGACAUUUUCCUGCAAAUGGGGUUUGCAGAGAUGCCCACGAAUAACUAUGUCGAGAGUAGCUUCUGGAACUUUGAUGCUCUUUUCCAGCCGCAACAACACCCUGCUCGUGAUUCACAUGAUACGUUCUUCCUGAAAGUUCCUUCAACUACCAAGGAACUUCCUGAAGAUUAUGUUGAGAGGGUGAAGCGUAUACACGAGUCUGGUGGUCAUCAGUCCAGGGGUUACGGAUAUGAUUGGAAAAGAGAGGAAGCUGAUAAGAGUCUUCUGCGAACUCACACAACUGCCGUUUCCUCCAGGAUGCUUUACUCACUAGCACAGGAUAGUGCACAGAAACCUUUUGCUCCCAAGAAGUACUUUUCUAUAGAUCGUGUUUUCAGAAAUGAAGCAGUUGAUCGAACACAUCUUGCAGAGUUCCACCAAAUAGAAGGUUUGAUAUGUGAUCGAGGCCUUACUCUGGGUGACUUGAUAGGAGUCCUUGAAGAUUUCUUCUCACGGCUGGGAAUGUCCGAUCUGAAAUUCAAGCCAGCCUAUAAUCCUUAUACUGAGCCUAGCAUGGAGAUUUUCGGUUAUCAUAAAGGUUUUGGCAAGUAUGUAGAAAUCGGAAAUUCUGGCAUGUUCAGGCCUGAAAUGUUGCUUCCUAUGGGACUACCAGAAGAUGUCAGUGUUAUUGCUUGGGGACUCUCCCUGGAAAGACCGACCAUGAUACUCUAUGGCAUUGACAACAUUCGAGAUCUUUUUGGGCACAAGGUCGAUCUAGGUCUUAUGAAGAAAAACCCAAUAUGUCGGAUUGGAUUAGAAUCUGAUUAAGAAGAGCUGGAUAAGCAGCUAUAGCACUGGAAUAUCCGUAACUAUUUGAAAUGUGUUAUUGUAUUAUUCUCAUUUUGAAUACAAAACAAUGAAAACAUACUGUUAUCCAUUUAACCUGAUUGAGUGAGUUCAUUGAGAACGAAAAGAGCUAGAUAGGCUUUGUUGGGAUGUUGUUGGGUAUUGUUACCAUUGUACAAGUGAUGUGAAAGCUGUAAGGUACUCGUUCGUUUUUGAAAUCUAUAGCUUGUGAUGACACCCGUUGGAAUUGAUUAUUGC